AGCAAGACUAUGGCCAGGAUUAAUACUCAAUACUCCCACCCCAACCUGCCCCAUCCUGUGGUAAGGACCACAGACAGAGAUCUUGAUCACCUUGAAAAUGGCCUCAGCAGGACCCACUUGCCAUGCGAGGAGACAUCGUCAGGACUGCAGCAAGGGAUGGACAUGGAGACCAGAGGACGAUCUGAAUCCAGGCAAGGCUCCUUCACGGGCCAGGAUCCUGCCAGGCUGUGGCGCCUCAUCACCUCACUGCGUACGUGGGCUUCCAGGCACUUACAGCACCAGGACCAGAGACCUGACUCCUUCCUGGAGCGUUUCCAUGGCGCUGAGCUCAAGGAGGUGUCCAGCCGAGAAAGCAACGCCCAGGCCAAUGUGAGUGGCCAGGAGUCGCCGGUCAGAGAGAGCAGUGGCUGGCCCCUGGCCAGGAACAACGCCAGCGCCUGCAACAACUCAGAGAAGGAUGACAAGGCAAGAGAGGAGGAGAAAGAGAAAAAGGAAGAAGAGAGAAAGAAAAACUGCCUAAAACAAGAGGAAAAGAAGGACACCAUCGUGGUGGACCCCUCUAGCAGUGUGUACUACCGCUGGCUGACCGUCAUUGCCCUGACUGUCUUCUACAACUGGUGUCUGCUGGUGUGCAGGGCCUGUUUCGACGAGCUGCAGUCUGAGCACCUGGUGCUGUGGCUGGUCCUGGACUACUUGGCCGAUGUCCUCUACGGUGUGGAUGUGCUGGUGCGAGCCCGGACAGGCUUCCUCGAGCAAGGCCUGAUGGUCAGAGAUGCCAAGAGGCUGUGGCGGCAUUACACAAAAACCUUGCACUUCAAGCUGGACAUGUUGUCCCUGGUCCCCACCGACCUGGCUUAUUUUAAGCUGGGUACGAACUACCCAGAACUGAGGUUCAACCGCCUACUGAAGUUUGCCCGGCUCUUUGAAUUCUUUGACCGCACAGAAACGAGGACCAACUACCCCAAUGUGUUCAGGAUUGGGAACUUGGUUUUGUACAUCCUAGUCAUCAUCCACUGGAAUGCCUGCAUCUACUUUGCCAUUUCCAAGUCCAUUGGCUUCGGGACAGAUUCCUGGGUCUACCCAAACGUCUCAAACCCAGAGUAUGGGCGCCUUUCCAGAAAAUACAUUUACAGUCUCUAUUGGUCCACCUUGACCCUGACCACCAUUGGUGAGACCCCGCCCCCUGUGAAAGAUGAGGAGUAUCUCUUUGUAGUCAUAGACUUCCUGGUAGGUGUCCUGAUUUUUGCUACCAUUGUGGGCAAUGUGGGUUCCAUGAUCUCAAACAUGAAUGCCUCACGGGCUGAGUUCCAGGCCAAGAUUGACUCUAUCAAGCAGUACAUGCAGUUUCGCAAGGUGACCAAGGACUUGGAGACACGGGUCAUCCGGUGGUUUGAUUACCUGUGGGCCAACCGGAAGACAGUGGAUGAGAAGGAGGUGCUCAAGAGCCUCCCAGACAAGCUGAAGGCUGAGAUCGCCAUCAACGUGCACCUGGACACACUGAAGAAGGUCCGCAUCUUCCAGGACUGUGAGGCUGGACUCCUGGUAGAGCUUGUGCUGAAGCUGCGGCCUGCAGUGUUCAGCCCGGGGGACUACAUCUGCAAGAAGGGGGACAUCGGCAGGGAGAUGUACAUCAUCAAGGAGGGCAAGUUGGCAGUGGUGGCUGACGAUGGGAUCACCCAAUUCGUGGUCCUCAGUGAUGGGAGUUACUUUGGGGAGAUCAGCAUCUUAAAUAUCAAGGGGAGCAAGUCAGGGAACCGCAGGACAGCCAACAUCAGGAGCAUCGGAUACUCAGACCUGUUCUGCCUUUCCAAGGAUGACCUGAUGGAGGCACUCACUGAAUACCCUGAUGCCAAGAAGGCCCUGGAGGAGAAAGGACGGCAGAUCCUGAUGAAGGACAACCUGAUCGAUGAGGACCUGGCCAAGGCUGAGGCAGACCCCAAGGACAUCGAGGCGAAGGUGGAGCACCUGGAGUCCUCCCUGGACACCCUACAGACCAGGUUUGCACGGCUCCUGGCUGAGUACAGUGCCAGCCAGAUGAAAGUGAAGCAGCGUCUCAGCCAAUUAGAAAGCCAGAUGAAGGCCUGUGGGAGCAGCCCUCUGCUUGAUGGGGAUGCUCUAGAACCAGAACCCACACAACAGUGAAAACACAGAGGUCUGUCUCCUGCUUCCCAGAAUGAGCUAUCAGUAUGAUACUAGGCAGCCAGCAAAGCAGGGGACUCGGUGGGGCUGCAUUCCAGCUCUCCUUGCCCUUUGCAGGCUGUGUGGUCUUGGCAGAGAGCCUUGGGUUUCUCAUCUAGAAAAUGGGACUUGUUAUGUCAGCCUCAGUGAAGUGGUAGGUUAUUAUGGAGCCCACAUGAACACUGCAUGGGGCAGGACUUUGUAAAGUGCAAGGUGUCACCAGUCCAAGCAUAUGAAAAUGUAGGAACUGAAACUCUUAUUUUUUUUAUCUGUAAGGAAUAUAGACUUCUGAUCUUCCUUUUGAAUAACUGAACUGUGGUUUAGUCCCCCACCUGCUUCCCCUCUGGCACCUUCCUCCAUCACCUGCUAUAAAGGGAGAAGUAACAAGAGGCUGAAAAUACAAUGUAGUAACUAACUCAAAUCAACCUCACACAAGGCAGUUUGAGGCAGAUUUCUGAACCUGGUAUCUCCUCAUGGGCUCUCCAGAACCUCUGGCUUUUAGUGGUGCUGUGACGAGCACAGGAUGAAGCAAGAUCACCCAUUUGAAGUCACUUCAAGUCUGUGAUGCAAAUCCAGACAUGCCGCCAUCCAGCCCCUGAGAAAUGGGGAUCUGUUUCAUGGAAAAGGGCAUCUCAGUUGGAGAAGGAGACCUUCCUUCCCACUUGCCAAAGGGUUUCAAAGAUAGCCUCUCUUGUCCUUGAGUUGGGGCUCUGAGGAGGCCUGUCCUGGCAGGAGCAGGAGUUAUGUUUAGGGGAGAGCCUUUCAGGCUGGUGGUUGGAAUGAGGUUCUCAGCCAAACAAAGCUGACA